AUCCUUUUUAAAAAAUUGGAUUCAAAUGCAGAAACCCAACAAACCGAUAGUUUACUCUCACGGCCGGCUUUCGAGUUUGUCCGGUACUCAUCGCCUCUACUUCUCCUCCGGAAUCUGAUUCCAUUACCAUCACCAUGCCAAUAAUCUCUCUCCUAGAGUUUCAGUUUCAGCUUCAGCUCUUCACUCAUGGCCUCUCCCUCUGCCGCCGUUUCUUUCUCCUUUUUCCUCUUCUCCUUUCUCUCAUUCGCCCAAUCAUCUACCAUCGGAGUCACCUACAUUUCUCGCCUCCUCGAAAUCCAAGACCGCGAGAGAGCUCCACCGUCCGUGCAAAUUGCUGCCGCCUACGGCGUUCUCCACAGGCUUCUUCCUUCUCACUCCUCCAGCUUUGAGUUUGGCAUAGUCUCCAAGGAGCAAUGUGGUGGAGACUCUUGCUUUAUGAUUAGCAAUCAUCCUUCUUCCAGUGGACAUGGGGCUCCAGAAAUUUUAAUUACUGGGGUCACUGGGGUGGAGAUUAUGGCUGGUUUGCACUGGUACUUGAAGCAUUGGUGUGGUUCACACAUAUCUUGGGAUAAAACCGGUGGUGCACAACUACUUUCAGUACCUGACUCAGGCUCUUUCCCCCGUGUUCAAGAGGCUGGUAUCUUGAUUCAGAGACCUAUUCCUUGGAACUACUACCAGAAUGCUGUUACAUCUAGCUAUACUUUUGCUUGGUGGGACUGGAAAAGAUGGGAAAAGGAAAUUGAUUGGAUGGCUCUCCAAGGCAUCAAUUUGCCUCUGGCAUUUACAGGGCAAGAGGCCAUUUGGCAGAAAGUUUUCCGGAAUUUCAACAUUAGCCAUUUGGAUUUGAAAGAUUUCUUUGGAGGCCCUGCGUUUCUAGCAUGGUCACGAAUGGGAAAUUUGCAUGGCUGGGGUGGACCACUGCCACAAAGUUGGUUAGAUCAACAAUUACUUCUACAAAAGAAAAUUCUUGCUAGAAUGUAUGAGCUUGGAAUGACUCCAGUCCUUCCAGCCUUCUCUGGAAAUGUUCCUGCAGCAUUGAAAUAUAUAUUCCCAUCAGCAAAAAUAACACGCUUGGGAAAUUGGUUUACUGUUGGGGGUAAUCCCAGAUGGUGCUGCACUUAUCUUCUUGAUGCAACUGAUCCCUUGUUCAUUGAAAUUGGGAAAGCUUUCAUCCAGCAACAAUUGAAAGAAUAUGGAAGGACUGGACAUAUAUACAACUGUGAUACUUUCGAUGAGAACACUCCACCUGUUGAUGACCCAGAAUACAUCUCUUCAUUAGGUGCAGCAAUAUUUAAGGGAGUGCAGAGUGGUGAUAGCAAUGCUAUCUGGCUAAUGCAGGGAUGGCUGUUUUCGUAUGAUCCAUUCUGGAGGCCUCCACAAAUGAAGGCACUUCUGCAUUCUGUUCCUAUGGGAAGGCUGGUUGUCCUUGAUCUAUUUGCUGAAGUGAAGCCUAUAUGGAUUACUUCAGAGCAGUUCUAUGGUGUUCCUUACAUUUGGUGCAUGCUGCACAAUUUUGCUGGGAAUAUUGAGAUGUAUGGGAUUUUAGAUGCAGUAGCGUCUGGUCCAGUUGAUGCUCGUACUAGUGAAAACUCGACAAUGGUUGGUGUUGGGAUGUCGAUGGAGGGUAUUGAACAGAAUCCUGUUGUUUACGAUCUCAUGUCUGAAAUGGCAUUUCAACGUAACAAAGUUGAUGUGAAGGUGUGGAUUGCUCUGUAUUCAACCAGACGUUAUGGGAAAUCCGUUCCAGAAAUACAAGAUGCCUGGAACAUAUUAUAUCAUACAAUUUAUAACUGCACAGAUGGUUCCUAUGACAAAAACAGAGAUGUGAUUGUUGCAUUUCCAGAUAUUGAUCCAUCCUUUAUUCCUACACCAAAAUUAUCCAUGCCCGGAGGUUACCACCGCUAUGGAAAAUCAGUGUCAAGAAGAGCAGCCCUAAAGGAAAUAACUAAUUCCUUCGAGCAACCUCAUCUAUGGUAUUCAACUUCUGAAGUGAAAGAUGCGUUGGGACUUUUUAUUGCAAGUGGAGAUCAAUUAUCAGGAAGUAACACUUACAGGUACGACCUUGUCGACUUGACAAGGCAAGCUUUGGCAAAAUAUGCAAACCAACUGUUCUUAGAGGUAAUAGAAGCCUAUCAGCUAAAUGAUGUCCGCGGAGCUGCUUGCCACAGCCAGAAGUUUCUAGAACUUGUGGAAGAUAUGGACACUCUCUUAGCUUGCCAUGACGGGUUUCUUCUAGGACCUUGGUUAGAAAGUGCCAAGCAACUAGCCCAAGAUGAACAACAAGAAAUACAGUUUGAAUGGAACGCGAGAACUCAAAUAACUAUGUGGUUCGACAACACAGAGGAUGAAGCAAGUCUUCUUCGGGAUUAUGGAAACAAGUACUGGAGUGGACUGUUACGAGAUUACUAUGGUCCCCGAGCAGCCAUAUAUUUCAAAUAUUUAUUCGAAAGUCUGGAGACUGGCAAUGAAUUUGCUCUGAAAGAUUGGAGGAGGGAAUGGAUCAAGCUCACAAAUGAUUGGCAAAACAGCAGGAAUGCGUACCCGGUGAGAAGCUCAGGAAAUGCUAUUGACACAUCCCGACGGCUCUACAACAAAUAUUUGCACGAUCCUGAGAUUUACGAUCUCUGAGUGAAUGGCUUUGUAAAAUAACAAAUCGAAUGAACUUCUACAUGUUUGACUUACUUUGAAAUGCUUUUCCAAACGUGCCAUUCUGCUAAAAGGGGUCCAUCCACAAUUCUCCCUUUUCUUAACGGAUUUGCUAAUGUACUUGUAGAUGGGUCAGGAAAGUUCUUGGAAAAGGUUUGGGGUGGUCGCGUGGCUGCCAAGAAAUUCCUUUUUUCUAAUAA